CCCAUACACAGAGUCCAGUCAGUUAGUCAGCGCAAGAGGUGUGGGUGGGUGGGCAGGCAUCUUUCUACUUUCUUUGUAUAAAUUGGACACAACAGAGGAAUUUUUAAAGCGAAAUGGGUUCCCGUCCUCUGCUCUUCUUCUUCUUCUUCUUGGUUUUCACAUUAGUGUGCUGUCGUAUCGAAUCCCAGAAUGUCGAUCUGUCUGUGUAUUAUGAGACUCUGUGUCCGUACUGUGCGGAUUUCAUAGUGAAUGAUCUAGUGAAGGUGUUCGACAAAGGACUCAUCUCCAUCGUCAAUCUCAGGUUGGUCCCGUGGGGCAACGCCUUCAUUAAUUCCGAUGGCUCCUUCGCUUGCCAGCAUGGGCCGGACGAGUGCAUGUUGAAUGAAAUUGAUGCUUGCACCAUUGACAACUACCCUGAUGUGAACCGACAUUUUAGAUUUAUUCACUGUGUGGAGCGUUUGACCUUGGAGAACAAGCUCAAUGAGUGGGGUAAUUGUUUUGACACAAGCGGGUUGGGCAAGGAACCCAUUGAUUGCUACAGAAUGGGAUAUGGACAAGUGCUUGAACAGAAAUAUGCUGCUGAAACAGGGCAACUCAAUCCACCCCACAAGUUUGUACCAUGGGUGGUUGUCAACAAUCAACCAAUUCAAGAUGACUACAAAAACUUUGUGAGCCAUGUAUGCGAGGCUUACAAAGGCACACUAACACCAGAGGCUUGCAGAUCACUAUCCCUAACUAGCGAUUCACUGGCGAAGGCAUAUUCCAGUAGUCCCGUUUGCUAUCCAGGUGAAAGAAAGAACUUGACAUCAUCAACACCGUGAAAAUUAAGUAUCAAUAUCAACCCAUGUCUGUAGGGAUAAUUGAAUCUUCAAUUUGACUAAUAUUAGACUCUAUUGGCU